UUCGUAACGUGAUCGCCACCCAUCAAGGAUUCGGUCCUUGGACUGCGACUCCACUUGGCUUACCAAACUCUAUUCAGUUAUUGUUUUUCCCCUCUUCCAAUAUUAAAACAUUUCUCUACAGUAUGAAAUGGCAGUUACUGAUUAAUUUUAUGCAUUUGAAGUGGAAACAGUAAGGUGGGUGGAGAUCCAUUCGUCGUUCCCUGCCAUGCCAUGGAUUUCCUUAAGCAGAAGAUGGAAAAAAGAGAAUGGAUUUUCCGGGGUUGGACUCUGGAUUUUUCCGUUCCCAGAGUUAUGCCUGAGCGGCGAACGGAGGGCUCACAUUUAUUGUGGGAGAAUUAAUAGUAAAAGAUCGUAACGGUGUUCUUUCUUUACCUCACUGAUUUCUAGGUUUCUAUUUUGAUAAUACGAAUUUUGAAUCUUUUAGGGUUUCGAUUUAGUUCUUCGGUUCUGCUUCCAUCCACUCCCAUCGUUCGGCAAAGAAAGAUCCGUUUGAAUUCCAGUUAUGAUUCUUUAAUUCUUUCAUCUCUGUUUGCGAAUUUUGGGUCGGAGCUUUCUAAUUGGAUUCGCUUCCGCUUAUAAUCUGUGAUGGGGGAUCAAGAAGAGGAGGAAUUGCGUAUGGCGUUACAUAUGAGUAUGCAAAACUCGCCUCCUGAGGCCAAAAGGAGCAAACCUAGGGAGAAUGCUGGAGCUACAACGGUUUCUGCUACUCCUGAGGUGUCCCCCGAAGCAAAAAAUAGGAAAUUGCAACGAGAGCUUAUGGCUGCUGCGGCAGAGAAGAGGAUGAUUAUGGCAAAGAGCCUCGUGGCAGCGAAGGGAGAAAAGAGCGUCAAAGUUGCUGCACCAGAGAAGGAUGUUCCCAUUAUCAAGGCCGAGAAAGAUGUGGUUACAAGGUCUAUAAGCCAAAAAUCUGGGGCAAGGUCUCCUGUGGAGGGUGGGAAAGAUUUGAAUUUGGGGGAAGAGCUGUCGCCUGAAGCUGCUAAUCAAUUGUUUUCAAUGGUUUUCGGGAGUGGCGUUUCGAGGGAUAUUCUUGCACAGUGGACUAAUCAGGGUAUAAGGUUUAGCGCCGAUCCAGAAACAUGUAUGGGUCUAGUGCAACAUGAAGGGGGGCCCUGUGGUGUUUUAGCAACCAUACAGGCCUUUGUCCUCAAAUACCUUUUGUUUUUCCCAGACGAAAUAGGUAAACGUUCACCCAACAUGCCACAACAAAAUUUGGGCUCAAGGAGUUUCUCUCAAAGUGAUUCUGCCACAUUGGGUAAUUUUGCUUCUCUGACUGAAGAUGGAAAGACAAGGGCUUUGGUUCAAAGUAUGGUGGAAAUAUUAUUUUUAUGUGGAAGUAAGAAACGGGCUAUGAUCGCUACUUUAAGUAUUCUUGGUCAGGCCACUGAGGAGGGGUCUGAAUAUGGUCAGAAAGACGAGAUUGUUGCAAAAGCCUUGGGAGGUCUUUCAAUUGAAUCAGCUUCAGAUGUGCAGAAAGUUUUACGAGUUAACACAUACACUUCGUGGAUGAGUGCUUUUCAUUCACUUCAGAAAAUGCUUCCUGUUUUUCAAAGUCGUAUGGGGGCAAUGCUAUUCUUAAUUUCUGCAUUACUUUCUCGAGGACUGGAGUCUGUCCAAGCAGACAGAGAUGAUCUUUCCCUUCCAUUAGUCACUGCUCCAUUUGGACAUGCCUCACAGGAAAUUGUAAAUCUAUUGCUUUGCGGGCAGGCUGUUCCUAAUGUGUUUGAUGGAAGGAUGGAUCUUGGAGGUGAAAUGUUUCUCAAGGGCAUACCUACAAGCGUGGAUGUUGGAUUCCUCUCUCUUUUGGAAUCUUUUAAUUUCUGCAAGGUUGGUCAGCAUCUCAAACGCCCAAAAUGGCCAAUAUGGGUAGUUGGGAGUGAAUCACAUUACACUGUCCUAUUUGCUUUUGAUACUCGCGUUCAGGAUGAGAAUGAACUGGAGGAGAGAGAAUCACAGAUUCGGAGAGCAUUUGAUGCCCAAGACCAAAGUGGGGGAGGAGGCUUCAUCAGUGUGGAAGGGCUCCAUCAAGUCCUUAGAGAAAUUAAUAUAAACCUACCAACUGAGAAGCUUGAUCACCUAUGUAGCUCUGGCUUUAUUGUAUGGAGUGAAUUUUGGCAAGUUUUGCUUGAAUUGGAUAAGAGCUUGGGAGGUCUGAAGGAUUCGUCAGGAUUGAUGGGCAAGAAACUGUUUGAUCUUUACCAUUUUAAUGGGAUUGCUAAGUCUGUUUUGAAUGGCAAUCAAGCAGCCUCUGGAGGUGUAAUUUCAAUGCAGAGACCAAGGCUCUCAAAGUUGAGAGUUUCUGUUCCUCCACGUUGGACACCUGAGGAAUUCAUGGCAGAUGUGACGGUGCCCUCUAAUACAGGCACUGAAGACCCAACUGGUAAAGAUACAGUGGUUGAAGUAACUCACCCUGAGCCUCCUCAGCAUGCUCCAUUAGUGGACUGCAUCAGAACCCGCUGGCCACGGGCUGUUUGCAAUUGGGUUGGUGAUCCUCCCAGUAUAGUUUAAGCAGUUACAUGACUCCCUGUGAGAAGGUUUGUCUUUGAUAAGACACACUACAAGGCGUUCUUUAAAAAGAUGUUGAUGUGGACUUUUGUUAAUUUGCCAUCAGAAUAUCAUCGUUCAGGGUGGAGGGAGGAUGUAUUUCAUCACUGCUGGAGUCAUCCAAGACCCGCACAUUGCAGCGUCAUUUCUACUGUGUAUUGUUGUACUACCAUUUCUUGAUUCCUCUUGGUGUUAUUGUUAAAUUAUUAAUUAAAAGUGUAAAAGCUUCUUUGAUUAUGGUUUAGUCAAGUUUCUUCAGGUCCUUAGAUUGGUCCUGUUAUUGUUGAGAUGUUGUAACAUUAUUUUUUCUUUUCAUCCAUUCUUCUGCCCAUAGGUUAGAGCUUGGGCUGUUCCUUUGAUUCUUCUUUUUCACCACCUGCUCCUUGCUGCAAAGAAUUAUAGGUUAUCACAAAACAAAGUUCAUUUUUCUUAAA